CACUGGCGGGUGCUGCGAUCUCCGAAAGCUCGGAGCUCAGUAGAAACAAAAAAUAGAAGCGGCGCGACAUUUCGAACUCCUUCAUUGCAAAACCCAUGUACAUACAUACACGCAUACAUAUUUGCAAAGCAGUUUUGAAAUCACUUUGGGGUUUUAAACAUAUAUGUAUAUAUUUUUUUUAAAUAAGCCUUGUCUAGUCGCGUUGCGGGUUUUUUUUCUUCCACAAAUUCAGUGUCAUGGUCGGUGCGGUGUAACUGCGUUGCAUAUUAAAGUGUAUAAAUAGCGAUUAACUGUGUAUAGAAUUGCAUUCAAGUGAAGGAGUACAGAAUCGAAGCGAAGUCAUGCGAAUAACCGUUAAUAAGAAAUCCGUAGUAUGGCUGGUGAUUGGCGCUCUAGUGGUUCUUGGUCUGACUCUGGGUCUGGUAUUCGGACUGCAGACGCGCAACACUCGCUACAUUACUGGCGCCGUUGUCUCCAAUGGGAUUGGAUGCGCGGAUGUGGGCGCCAAUGCGCUUAACGAAGGUGGAUCGGCGGUGGAUGCUGCGAUAGCCACACUGCUCUGCGAGGGUGUUAUGCUGCCGCAUUCGAUGGGAAUAGGCGGCGGCUUUGUAGCCACCAUUUACACGCGUAGCUCCCGGAAGGUGGAGACUUUGAUCGCUCGCGAGUCGGCUCCGGCGGCAGCUACUAAGGAUAUGUUUGUGGGCCAACAGGAGAUUACGGGUGCCAAGGCGGGCGGAGUCCCUGGCGAGAUCUUGGGCUAUUCGGAAAUGCAUCGUAAAUACGGUCGCUUGCCAUGGGAGAAGCUGUUCGAGCCCACAAUCAAGUUGGCUCGUGAGGGGCAUGUUGUGUCCAAAUAUUUGGCGGCAGCUAUCCAGUCCAAACUCUCCUACAUCCAGAAUGAGCCAUCGCUCAAGGAAGUAUUUCUAAAGGAGAACGGUGACCCAUAUCUCGAGGGUGAAACCAUGAAGCGUGUCAAGCUGGCGGAUACACUGGAACGUAUAGCGAAAAAUGGCGCCAAGGAGAUAUACGGCGGUGGAGAGACGGGUCGCAUGUUUGUUGAGGAUAUACAAAAGCUCGACGGCAUCAUAACUGAAAAGGAUCUCAGGAACUACAAAGUUCGCUGGGAGAGUGAUGGACACAUUACUGCCCACGUGACCGGCAACUUCACGCUAUAUACCACGCCUUUGCCCUCAAGCGGACCCCUGCUCGCCUUUAUUCUCAACGUGAUGAGCGAACUGAAUACGGAAAAGAGCGAAAUCUUCUGGCAGCGUACCAUCGAGACGUUCAAGCAUGCGUAUGGACAGCGCACAAAUCUGGGCGAUUUUUUAAAUGAUCCCGAACAGGAGCCGACCAUAACCGAAACUCUAAAGAAGUUGCGCAGCGAAGACUUUGUAAAGCAGGUGCAAAGCCUAAUAUUCGACGAUCGCACCUUCGCCGAUUCCAAAUACUAUGGCGCGAACUUCACCAACGCCCCGGAUGGUGGAACGGCACACAUGAACGUGUUGGCACCCAAUGGUGAUGCCAUCGCCAUCACCAGCACCAUCAACAACUACUUCGGUUGCAAGGUGGCCUCUUCCCGCACCGGAAUCAUUCUGAACGACGAGAUGGACGACUUCUCUACGCCGGGUGUUAUCAAUAGCUUCGGUGUGCCUGCUUCGCCAGCCAAUUACAUCGUGCCUGGCAAGCGUCCCAUGUCCUCUAUGAGUCCCGCUAUCAUAGUCGAUGCUAAUGGAAACGUCCGUUUGUUAAUUGGUGCUGCUGGCGGCACCAAAAUAACGACCAGCGUGGCAUCGGUUAUUAUGAAAUACCUUAUACACCACCAGGGGCUGAACAAAUCGGUUCAGGAUGGGCGUGUCCAUCAUCAGCUAAUGCCAGAUCAAAUCGAUACUGAGGCGGAGAUGGACAAACCUAUUGUCAGCUAUCUCGAGCAGGUUGGUCACAAGAUCGAGCUAUUGCCCGAGGGCACGGGCUUUGCGGCAGUAACGGCAAUUGGCGCCCUGGGCGACCCAGAGCCCGUCUAUGAUCGCCGGCGCGUUGGAAGCACCAUGCAGAUCCAGAACCGCAAUAAGAUGCAGCAUUAAAAGCUGGCGAAUAGCUUUCACACGCAUAUUGUUUGUGAUUUUAUUUAUUUAACUCUCUAUCUAUAAGCCCUAACUAUAGUUAUAGUGCCAGCGCCAGCUGUGAUGUCAUGCAUGUAAAUAUAAACAUUUGUAAAUCGUGUAGGUUGUGUGCUAAAUGUUGCAAAUAUUACCAUUUUAUGUAUUCGAUCGAGUCAAAAAUACUGUAAAUAAAUGUAAAAACUGAUUUAUUUUAAAUCAUUACUCAA